CGAGUGUGUUACCUGCCAACUUUGAAUUUCUUCGAGUCAAAUUGAAUACCAAUUAAUUGAGUGAUUAGUUUUCGGCCACGAAGCAAUUCUCCAUCGAUGGAUUCUCCAACUACUUAGUAUAUUUUGAUGCCUAUUGAUCUCAUUUUCUCAAGGAACCCUCAAAAAAACCCUAUAGGAAUCCCUUGAUUUUCUCCCCUUUUCAAGAUUAACACGUUCAAACUCGACAGAGUUUUGUAACUUCAACGCCAUGGAGGCAACAACCAGCUCAUAUGCUCUCCCCGGUGUAAAUAUUUCAAAUUCGAACAUCUCCAAAUUGAGACACGAUGUUUCUGUUGUAUGCUUUCAGCGAGGUCUUCGAGUUCCUGAUCGCAACCGCACAUGUGAAAUAACAUGUCAAUCAUCUUGGAGUUCUGAUACAACUGGAAGCACCUUUCAGGACUUGCAAUUGCGUAUGCCCAUUCAGAAAAAAAGUUUAGCUGGAAAAACGUUUUGCAAUGCAGGGGUGUGGACACACCCUAUGAAUGCUACAGAAUCUCAUUCGCACAUUGAGGAGGAUAAGGUUGGAGUACUUCUUUUGAAUCUCGGAGGUCCAGAGACUCUUAAUGAUGUUCAACCCUUUUUGUAUAAUCUAUUCGCAGACCCGGAUAUCAUCCGUCUCCCAAGGUUGUUUCGGUUCCUACAACAACCCUUAGCACAACUCAUUUCCGUACUAAGGGCACCCAAAAGUAAAGAAGGGUAUGCUUCCAUUGGAGGUGGUUCACCUCUGCGAAAGAUAACAGAUGAGCAGGCUGAUGCUCUAAGAAUGGCGCUUGAAGCAAAGAAAGUACCUGCUAAUGUCUAUGUUGCAAUGCGUUACUGGCACCCAUUCACCGAGGAAGCUGUUCAGCAGAUUAAGAGAGACAGGAUUACGAAGCUUGUCGUGCUUCCCCUCUAUCCUCAAUUUUCUAUUUCUACAACUGGUUCAAGUAUUCGUCUUUUACAAACCCUCUUUAGGGAGGACAAGAUUUUGUCAACGCUUCCUGUUGCUAUUAUCCAGUCUUGGUAUCAGCGCCAAGGUUAUGUCAAGUCUAUGGCCGACUUAAUUGAGAAGGAAUUGCAAAGUUUUGGUUCACCUGAGGAGGUCAUGAUAUUCUUUAGCGCCCAUGGGGUACCGGUUACUUAUGUUAGAGAUGCUGGGGAUCCAUAUAAAGAUCAGAUGGAGGAAUGCAUUUACCUAAUCAUGCAAGAACUCAAAGCAAGAGGAAUCGACAAUGACCACAAACUGGCUUAUCAGAGUCGAGUUGGGCCCAUUCAGUGGUUGAAGCCGUACACUGAUGAAGUACUUGUGGAGCUUGGGGAAAAAGGUGUGAAGAGUCUCCUAGCAGUUCCCGUUAGCUUUGUGAGCGAGCACAUAGAGACACUGGAAGAGAUAGAUAUGGAGUACAAGGAGUUGGCCCUUGAAUCGGGGGUUGAAAACUGGGGUCGUGUCCCUGCUCUCGGAUGUACUUCUACCUUCAUCACCGAUCUGGCUGAUGCAGUUAUCGAAGCAUUGCCUUCUGCUACAGCAAUCACAACGUCAACGAAUGAUGGUGGUGAUUUUAAUCAAGAUCCAGUUGGGUAUGGCAUUAAGAUGCUAUUAGGUUCCUUCUUGGCAUUUAUAUUGCUGGUAUUUCCCGCAUUAAAGAAUCACAUCUAGAAGUGUUCCGAAACCACAAGGAGAAGUGGUAAAAUAAAGAGAGUGAUUACAAUAUACAUACAACGGUAGGGAAUUUUAUUGCUUUUUACGGAUCGAAUGGGCGUCUUUUGUUUUUUCUGUUUACAUGACAAAGGAGACCUGGUGAACAAGUUGUUUCACUUUUUUAUUGUUAUAAAAAGAAUGCAUGAUAGGUUUUUUUGUCUUCUAUUA